AUGAUCCAAACCACACCACUGGAUGCUGGAUGCUGGAUGUUGGGUAGCGAUAUAAUGUUCACAGCUUUGAAUCAAGUACAAAUGGUGAGCUCUUUGACAAGGGAACAUCGAGACACUAUUGCGUUCGACGACCUUCCAAACACCAUCAAGCGAGUCGUAGAGACGGCAUACCGUGAAUCACUGCAUGUGCAAAACGUGCGCCAUUGCUGGCUCUCACGAGGCCACCGUUUCUUCAGGGCUCCCGGUUCGAUUUCCGGACCUCUUGGUAUUCAAAGUAAAAUUCACGCGGGGAUGGAACAACAUGAGAAUUUGACAUGCUUCCGUGCUGAUCAUUGCUGGCUUCACAACCCGCCAAUCAUAAUCACGCAUAUGGCAUUGACCCGGUCGGACACACUUUCAGGAAAUAAUACAGUACCGGAUGCAUACCGGUUCCGGGUUGCUAUCAUCGAUUGUCAUUGUCAUGAUAGUAGACUUUUCUGUGAAAGCCGCUUGUGGCGUCAAUGCGCGCUAUUCUCUGGCGCGACAUUGCGCAUGACAUUUACUGGAUCCAUCACUGGACAGUUUGCUGGAUAUGACAACUCUGUGAAGUCGAUCAGCAACUCAACCUACAAAGCCCACCGGCAUCAGAAUCUUGCGCUCGGGCGAGGAACUGUGUCGUCUGAGGAAACUGCAGUCUUGAUCCACCUAAAAAGGGUCAUCUCAGAUUUUGAUGUGUUGAUUCGUCGGCUGCUCCCACCGCGCCGGAUGCAACCAAAGGUCUGGUAG